GUGAUCAGAAGAUGCUACCAUUGGUUCCGGUCUGCAGCAGAGUAUACACAUCAAUGCGACGCGCUAAGGUUCCACUCCCCAUAUUCUGGUGGGUUAAACAACGGCUCAGCCUCUCUGAGAGUAGCCUCUGGUCAGCUAGCCCGGACUAGUUGUGAGGCUGUACAGAAAUCACAACGAAACAAUCUAUUCACGUAUAAGAUGAUGGAGUUGCUUGCACAGCCGUACUCUAACCGAGAUUACAACGUGAUGGUAUGCCAAAGCUACUCAUACAUAAGCACUCCCAAUCGUUUUGUUUCCAGAUGCAAUUCUCAUUGCCGUGCGACUUACAGUCUAUGAAUCCAGCAAACUUGGUUUCAACUCUCGCUCAAUGUCAAGUGUUACUUAAGCUUAAAAGGAUACGUAUCAUGACAUUUGAAUGCUGACCUUACUGUGCCCCCAGAAAAUCCUGGCGGUUUUCGCCCGGCACAUAACCGAAUGGCACGAGUCAUGUUCAUGGUGAGCACUGCAACUGAAAAGCAAAUUCUCGGACGGAGACAGGAAGCAAUCAGCUCAGGUUUUAUUCAUCCUGUUCAUUGAGAAUACGGCACUCCACAGUGUUUUUACAAUGAUUGUUGAUCUCCGCCGAUAAUCAAAAUCUUUACAUAUGUACAUAUGUACAAAAUUUAUUCAGGUAUACACUAAAGGCUAGCCCUGGACAGAACAGCUCCAGAACACCACCGCUAUAAGAGCGCGCAGACGCAUUUUCAAACGUUGAAUGAAUUGGAACUAGAAUUAAGAAGUAGAAAUGGAGAUACAGUAUUUGGGUUCGUUAUUUAGUACAUUGUAUAGGAAGAAGACAACGAGUGUUGACGUCACUCGGCCGGCUCGGCACGGCACCCCACGUGUCUCGCCCCGCAGGAAUCUCACAUCAAAGUGUUUUCAGCCACAGUCAAAGCCAUACCUUUCAGUGUACAUCGACCCUACACCAUGUCUGGCUCGUUUAACAAGUUCCUGGAAAAGGGCAAAGCUAAGCUCAAGGAAUUCACGGACGAUAAACCUGCGCAGCAGCAGCAAGCUUAUCCCGGACAAAACCACCAGCAACAAGGAGCACAGGGUUACCCAGGUCAUCAACCUCAACAAUACUCAGGAGCACCAUAUCCACCGCAGCAGUAUCCCCAAAACCAGCAAUGGGGACCUCCUCAAAACCAGCAGUGGGGACCACCCCAAAAUCAACAAUGGGGCCCUCCAAAUCAGCAAUGGGGUCCGCCACAACAACAGCAACAAUGGGGUCCACCACCGCCGCAGCAAGCAUUUUCUCCUCCACCGGUGCCCCAACACAGUAAGCCAGGGUCUGGUCCUCCUCCGAUCCCUAUGAAUCGUCCAAUGUCCAAUCCCCCUCCUCCGCAAAACAUCCCUCCGCCUCAUCAUGAGAGGGUGUACUGGAAGCCUUCCUUCGACGCUUCAACGCCUGUCUCGCACAACUUCAGACAUGAAUUGGGCGACCACGGAUGGGGCAAUGAGGAGAAGCAGAAUUACACGGAUAGUCCUUCAAAUUCUUUCCAUCAUGACAAUCGCCUGAUUGUGCGCGGUUUGGUUCAGAACGGGAGCUAUACAAGCGCGCGUUUGACCUCGCAUCAAACCCUCUCACGUCCACGUGGCUAUCUCUCUGCUGUCAUCUUGCCCCCACACGCUGAGGGAAUCUGGCCCGCAUACUGGAUGUUGCCAAAAGAUCCUUUCAGUUGGCCUGGGGAUGGAGAAAUUGACAUCGCCGAGUCUUGGAAUGCCGAAGGUGACAACCAUAGUUGUCUUCACUGGGGACAUUACAACGGCGAAGACAAGUUCAAGCAUCAAGUGGUCGUUACCAAGUUGCAAGACUCCAUCAGGCAGCCUCAUACUUACGGAUUUUCUUGGAUAGAAGAAGAAGGAAUCCCGGGAUGGAGAGGCAGGAUGAUCUGGUACAUCGAUGGAAGACCGGUCAUGAAAGGAAGUAUUCCCGAGGGUACCAGAAGAUUAGAAGACUACCGCCUACUGAUCAACAUCGCUAUGGGUGGAACAGUCAAUAAGGGCGUUCUACCAAAAGAUGGAUAUUACGACAUGGUAGUGAGUGACCUCAAGAUGUGCGAGGAACCCGUGGGAGGAUGGGACCAGUUCGAAAGGGACUACGCUGCUACCCCCGAGGGUAAAGCAUUGUGA